AUGGAGCAAAUUUUUAUGAUAGAAGUAUUCGUAAAAAAAAUCAUUUUAAAAAUUGAACCUCCAGAAAAAGAUGAAUAUGAAUUGAAAUUAGAAGCUGAAGAAAAAAGAAGAGAAGCAGAAGCCCUAGCAGCAGCAGAAGCGGCAAAGAAGGGUAAAAAAGGAGCUAAGCCACCAAAACCAAAGAAAGGCAAAAAAGGUAAAGAACCUCCAAUGCCUUCCGAAGAAGAAAUGAAGUUCAUGCAAACCUGUACAAUGCAAAUGCUGUGUCUGCCGCUCUUUGACUUUUACGUUGCACAUGACAACUUCAUAGCCCCGCCUCCUCCUCCUCCACCAGGAAAGGGAGGAAAAGCCAAAAAACCACCGAAGCCCAAAGGUAAAAAAGGAAAAGCUGCGCCGAUAAAAAUAGUUUUGCCCUCAGAACCCUUACCACAACCUCCAUAUUUUGGUGUCGGUAAUUCUGUUAUGUUUCUAUCUAGACCAUCGAAGUUAGAGGAAAUGUUAAAAAAAACGCCAGUUUAUAUUACGGUAUGGAACCGAGAUCAAGAAAUGAACUGUGUUGGUUUUUGUGUCGUGGAAUGGCACGAAUCGUUUUUUGAAUGUCUUAAAAAAAUUGAAGAGCUAAAUCCAGUCGAUAUGGACCAAGCAGAAUUCAGAAGUACGGGUAAGCCGAGCAUGGCAACUAAUACGGUGGAGUUAAUAAGACCGAUACAAUGCGAGGAAGAUUUAAAACCGUCUGGUGAGAUUGAGUUUUUCCUUCGAUUAACUUGCUUGGGUAAUCGACUGGUUACAUAUUUUGUUGCUUUGCCCGAAAUGGAAAGGUUGCCAGGUCGUAAAUAUUUAAAUGAUGAGCUGAAGUUGAAGGACGUGGAAGUUGUAAGGCACUGGGAGGGAACAACGAUUGACGCUGUCCCGCCAGUUGCUUACUUCUUUGGUGCUCCCGAUAUCUGCAGAGAGCCAAUUCGACCAGUGGAGGAACCCGUAGUUUAUGAUGACUAUGAAGCGCCAUUUACUUCAAGUGAGUUAGCUAUUCUCGCUAUGGGCUUUCCAAAAGGGCCGUGUGGUGGUACUAAUUGCCCAAAACGAAUGGACUAUAGAGGAAGCCAGCACCAAUUUAUUCCGGGAGAAAAACAAAGAGGAAAGCCAUACAAGUCAGGACAGUUUGUUAACAAAAGAGAUGUUCACGGACCGUGUGGUAGACUGGAUUGUCCUUUAGCCAAAAAAGUUCGUUCAUAUUUAUGUUCUGAAGGAAGUUACAAACCAUGUAAAAAACCAUGUUGCACUGAUUACUAUUAA